GCGGUCGUGAGCACCCUCGGCGGCUUCCAGGGGCGCGAGGCCGACGUGUGCAUCCUGUCGACUGUGCGCGCGAACAUGGAGGGCGAUAUUGUAUUCGUGGAGGACGCGCGGAGGCUGAACGUCGCGUGGACCAGGCCGAAGUUGGGGCUGAUCGUGGUCGGGAGCCGCACGACGUUGGAGGGUAACAGUCCGCUGUGGAAGAGAGCA